CAACUUCUGCAGGCGCCUUAGAAAACCUGUCUUUCCUCACUGACAAAACACCACAGUGGUCACUAGAGAAAACUUAGAAACUCCAGAUAGUCACAAAGGAGGAGACUAGAAUCCCAAGCCCGCCGCUCAGAAGCCGCCGGUGGACGUCCCGCUCCUGCGGCUCCGCGCGCGGCGGGGGCGCUGCCGGGGCGGGCACCGCGGCCGCACGGGGACCCUGCUCGGGAGGUUCUUAAUCCAGAGCCAACUCCAUGGACCCAGGCCGGGUUUGGCCCUUGGCCUGCCGUGAGCAGGGUGUUGUCUGCUAGAAGACUCCCCUGGCCGACCGGCUCUGUUGCCUUACAGAGCAAGCGAAGAAGAUGGACGGAGUGGCGCGCCCUCUGCCUGGGUGCUUUCUGCCUUCUGUGCCCUUGUUAAUCCUAGUGUCCACUCUGGCGACUGCUACGAGUGUGGCCAACAGCACUUUAAAUGGCACUGACAUGGUCGUGGGCUCAGUGCCCGUGGUCAUUGCCAGAACCGACCAUAUCAUCGUCAAGGAAGGGAACAGUGCCUUGAUCAACUGUAGUGUUUAUGGCCUCCCUGAGCCCCAGCUCAAGUGGUAUAACUCCGUGGGCAAGCUGCUGCAUGAGGACACCGAGAACCGAGGGGCAGGAAAGUGGCAGAUGCACGACGGCCUCCUGAACAUCACCAAGGUGUCCUUCACGGACCGAGGUCGGUACACAUGUGUGGCCGCCAACAUCCACGGCACCGUGAACAACACGGUGACGCUGAGGGUGGUCUUCACAUCGGGGGACAUGGGCGUGUACUACAUGGUGGUGUGCCUGGUGGCCUUCGCCGUGGUGCUGGUCCUCAACAUCACCCGCCUCUGCAUGAUGAACAGCCACCUGAAGAAGACCGAGAAGGCCAUCAACGAGUUCUUCCGCACGGAGGGCGCCGAGAAGCUGCAGAAGGCCUUCGAGAUCGCCAAGCGCAUCCCCAUCAUCACCUCGGCCAAGACGCUGGAGCUGGCCAAGGUCACACAGUUCAAGACCAUGGAGUUCGCCCGCUACAUCGAGGAGCUGGCCCGCAGCGUGCCGCUGCCCCCGCUCAUCAUGAACUGCAGGACCAUCGUGGAGGAGCUCAUGGAGGUGGUGGGGCUGGAGGAGCAGGGCCAGCACUUCGUGCGCCCGGCGCCUGAGGGCCAGGAGGCCGCCACCGGGGACGAGGUCUACACCAUCCCCGCCGCCCUGCAGCGGAGCGAGUCGCCCACCGCUGACUCGGACGCCUCGUCGCUGCACGAGCAGCCCCAGCAGAUUGCCAUCGAGGUGUCCGUGCACCCCCAGGCCCAGAGGGAGCCCACGGAUGACCGGGACGGGGGGCCCCUCGAGGCCAGAGACGAGGACACCGAGCCAUCGGCCGAGCGCUCCCCCGAGUCCGCGGCGCCGUCCACCGAUGUCACGUCCGCGGCGCUGACCUCCGAGGAGCCCACGCCCGUCGAGGUGCCGGACCGUGUCCUGCCCCCAGGUCUCCUGGAAGCCGCAGAGCCGGCCGGGGCGUGCGACAGGAACGCCCGCGUCGUCUGUGAAAGCCAUGUCUAACAGACCCCCCCCCCCGAGAAGCUAUGCACACCCCGAGAAUCAGGGCCGCCCCCCCCGCCCCGGGCCAGACGCGGUCCGCCCUCGCCGCUAAGCCUUACCGGAGACGCCUGUCCCGUAGGUAGGAGCCAGGCCCCUUCAGAAGGGAGCGCCUGUGUGCAUGCUGUCUGCCCGGACCGCGCCCCGCGACAGAGGAUGCCAGCAGCGGCAGGGUGCAGAGCCGGCGACCUUGGGCAGGUGUCUGUGCGCGCGGCACGAAGCUCAGAGGCUCUUCUCUGCCAGAUACCUUAAUCGCUGAUGCCCUUUUGGUGUGAGAGGCUCUGAGGUCAAGAGCCCUGUCCAAUGCACACUGCAGCGCUUUUCCUUUAAAAAAUUAUAGGUCUGCUACAUGAGCAACUGCACGUCCGUGGGUCUGUUGCACUUUCUUCUCAGUUUUAACCCCCUUCCCUGUUCCCCUAUAACCGAGUCGUUGUGAUACGAAUGCUAAUCGUUCCUUCUGGUUUCGUCCCCUUUGCCACUUUGUCCUUAUUUCUCUCCACCCCCCGCCAAACUUUUACCUCGGAGGCUUUGGUGUCAGGGCUGAUACCCACAAGGCAUCUGUAAUGUUCCAAAGCAGUUACCAGCCUCAUGAUUUUUGUCAUUUCCCAGGCCUGUCUCCAUCCAUCGCUUUUUUUUUGUUUGUUUCCAAUGAAGCUGCUGUUGUGAAACUGAGAAAAACAAAAAACCUUGCCCGGGAUAGCACUUUAAUAGCCAAAUAAAAAUGUGUUGCCUGUCUGA